GAGAAUUCCUGUUAGCGGUUCUUCCCGACCUGGAAUAUAAAAUGUCCCGGUGACUCCUGCCGAGAACUUUCACGUAGUUUCUUCUUCGCAACACCCAAACAAAAGAAAGAAGACGAGGACAUGUUGAAGCCGGUCUUCGUCGCCCUGCUCGGCCUCGGCCUCGGGCUGGUCUUCGCGUUUCCCUCCCAGGACCCAGAAGGGGGCAAGAACUGGGUGGUCAUCGUCGCCGGGUCCAACGGCUGGUACAACUACAGACACCAGGCUGAUGCUUGCCAUGCCUACCAGAUCGUUCACAAGAACGGCAUCCCGGAUGAGCAGAUCGUGGUCAUGAUGUACGACGACCUGGCAAAAAAUGAGGAUAACCCCACCCCUGGAAUCGUGAUCAACAGGCCCAAUGGCACCGAUGUGUACAAGGGAGUUCCUAAAGACUACACCGGCGCCGACGUGACCCCGCAGAACUUCCUGGCGGUGCUGAAGGGCGACUCCGCCCACGUCAAAGGUGGCUCUGGAAAAGUGUUGAAGAGCGGCCCCGACGACCACGUGUUUGUGUUCUUCACGGACCACGGGGCGCCCGGCAUUCUGGCCUUUCCCGAUGAUGACCUCAGCGUGGACGAUCUCCAAAAUGCCAUCAAAUACAUGCACGAAAACAAGAAAUACAAAAAGAUGGUGUUCUACAUCGAGGCGUGUGAGUCCGGGUCAAUGAUGAACCACCUGCCUGCUGACAUUGACGUGUACGCCACCACGGCCUCCAACUCCAAGGAGUCGUCUUACGCCUGCUACUAUGACGACAAGAGGGACACGUACCUGGGGGACUGGUACAGUGUUAACUGGAUGGAGGACUCCGAUGUGGAGGACCUCAAAAAGGAAACUUUGGUGAAGCAGUUCAAGAUCGUGAAGAGCCACACAAACACCAGCCACGUGCAGCAGUUUGGAAACAAGACUUUGGCCCACAUGAAGGUCAUCGCAUUCCAGGGUAACCCCAAGGCCAGCGGCCAGACCGCCCCUCCGAUGACCCUGCAGCCCAUUAAGAACCUGGACCUGACCCCGAGCCCCGACGUUCCUCUGGCCAUCCUCAAGAGGAAGAUGAUGGCCUCCAACGACAUCCGAGUUGCCAGAGGGCUGCUGAUGGAGAUCGACUCCCACCUCAAGGUCAGGGACAUGUUGGCUGAGACGAUGCGCCUGGUGGUUGAGAGGGUGACCGGCAACAAGCUGAAGGCCGAGGACGCCCUCAACGAAAGAGCCGAGCUCUCCCAGCAUCAGUGCUACAAGGCUGCGUUGAACCACUACAAGAACAACUGCUUCAACUGGCACCGAGCGGAGUACGAAUACGCUCUGAGGCAUCUGUACGCUCUGGUGAACCUGUGUGAGAGAGGAUACUCUGCAGCCAGCAUCCAGCGUGCGAUGGACUCCGUGUGUCCUCUCGUCAGGUAAAAGACGUUCCGACAAAUCCACGGAAGUCUCAAACUGCUUCCUCCACGCGGGACGUCCCGGGAAGACGGAGGAGCGUCUCUUUGCACUGCUGAAGAAUCAAUCUGUCGUGGAGUUGACGUUAUUGUUUUAUCAACACACUAACUUUUUUUGUUUUGUUUUACUUGUGAUGUUUUAUUGAUUUUAUUGAGAACUUUUAUGAUGAGUUUGCACUAUCACUGUGAAAGGUUUGUGAAUUAUAUUUUACUCCUUUUACUGAUUUUUAGAGAAAAUAAUUGACAUGGAAUUCAUGUUGAUUUGUUUUGCUGUUGGCUUUAUCUGUGAAGUGGACGGCCCGUCGCGAAUGGUCGAUGGACGUGUGAAGGACAUGCCACUAGACGUUGAAUGUUUGUUGGAAUCUUGAAAUAAAUCUGAAAGACCAAAACUGCUAAAAACAAAA